AUGCAUUAUUUGGGUCCCUGGAUGGGAGGUAGAGACAAACUGAACAGACUGAGUAAAUGCAAUGACCAAGCUUCUGGCGAUAUUGAUGAUAUAUUUUUGGAGAUUGGCAGUAACAAAAUAAAGAUUACAAAGUCAACAUCUUCUGAAACAUUAAAAUCAGCAUCAACAUUAAAGCACAACUUGUGUGACAAAGAUGAAAUAUCUGAUGAAAAAACGUAUUUUUGCACAGAGAAGGAUGGCAGGAAAUAUCAUGAUGGGCUUCCUGUCUACACAAUCGAGGAGCUCCAGCUCAACAAUACUGGAGGAGAUACAGAAGACUGUCCCAUAUAUUGCGAUUGCUGCACUUAG